CUUCCUUUUCUCGCGUGGCCGCCACGGACUGAGGAGCGUGCUUCCCGGCGAGCUGACAAAAAACUAAAUGAAAAUGGCCUGUGCCAGACCACUGAUAUCGGUGUACUCUGAAAAAGGAGAGGCCUCGGGCAAAAAUGUGGUCAUGCCUGCUGUGUUCAAGGCCCCCAUCCGACCUGAUGUUGUGAAUUUUGUUCACACCAAUAUGCGGAAGAAUAGCCGCCAGCCCUAUGCUGUUAGCGAACUGGCUGGUCACCAAACAAGUGCUGAGUCUUGGGGCACAGGCAGAGCAGUGGCUCGAAUUCCCCGUGUUCGUGGUGGAGGAACUCACCGUUCUGGCCAGGGAGCCUUUGGAAAUAUGUGUCGUGGAGGGCGCAUGUUUGCUCCCACCAAGACUUGGCGUCGUUGGCACCGCAAAAUCAACAUAAACCAAAAGCGCUAUGCCAUCUGCUCAGCCCUAGCUGCUUCUGCUCUUCCAGCUCUGGUCAUGUCCAAAGGUCAUCGCAUUGAGGAGAUUCCCGAGGUUCCCUUGGUUGUUGAUGAUAAGGUUGAGAGCUACAAGAAGACCAAGGAGGCUGUGCUGCUGCUUAAGAAGCUGAAGGCCUGGAAUGAUAUCAAGAAGGUGUAUGCCUCUCAGAGAAUGCGUGCUGGUAAAGGUAAAAUGAGGAACCGCAGGCGUAUUCAACGCAAAGGACCAUGCAUCGUCUAUAAUUCGGACGGUGGUGUUACAAAGGCCUUCAGGAACAUCCCUGGAAUCACCCUACAGGAUGUGAACAAGCUCAAUCUACUCCGACUGGCUCCUGGUGGGCAUGUGGGCCGCUUCUGCAUCUGGACAGAGAGUGCCUUCCGUAAGCUAGAUUCUCUGUAUGGCACCUGGCGCAAGCCUGCUAUAUUGAAGGCUGACUACAAUUUACCAAUGCACAAGAUGACCAACACAGACCUGAGCAGAAUUCUGAAGAGCCCAGAAAUUCAGAAGGCACUGCGUGCUCCUAACAAGAAGAUCACCAGGAGAGUCCUAAAGAAGAACCCUCUGAAUAACUUGAGGGUGAUGAUGAAGCUCAACCCCUAUGCCAAGACAGCACGGCGCAUGGCCAUCCUACAGCAUGACCCUACUAUCAAAGCCAAGCUUCUGAAGCCCAAGACAAAGAGGAGAAAGGGUGCAAAGGCUCCAGCUGCAAAGACUGUGGUGGAGAAGCCAGCUGCAAAGACUGGAGAGAAGCCAGCUGCUUAAAUUUCAUGCAACCUGAAAUUCAAUAUUCAGUUAAUAAACUUAUGUAUAAAAACUA